AUGGCCGUCAACAAAGCCAUCGACCUGGCUAUUCAACGCAUGGGGCUUGACCUAGCUAUCCAUCAUUAUCCAGGUGUCGACAUCAAUGUCGAUGGGAAAAAGAAACAGCCCGAUAUGGGCUGGGUGCCGAUAAGACCCCCUCGCGGCUUGGAAGGCGCCUCCAACAAGGAGGAAGAUGAGAAGAAGAAAAAAGAGUGA